GUCACCAGGAGGGAGCUGUGGCGGAGGACGCCGAGGCCUGGAGUGGGUGGUAGGCCCAAGCCGGGACGCUCCUCCCUCCACAUUCUCCCCAGGUCUGCAGGGACAAGGGCCCACACUGCCUCCUCCCACGCCGUGUUUAGGAACCCUUGCUGGCCUCAGAACACCAGCGCCCUCCCUCUGGUGCAGCCCUACCUGGCCGGGGGCCCCUCCUCCACAGCCAUGGUUUGGAAGAAACUGGGCUCCCACAACUUCUCCAGCUGCCCCAAUGGCUCCAUCCAGUGGAUAUGGGAUGUGUUGGGUGAAUGUGCCCAGGACGGCUGGGACGAGGCCAGCGUGGGCCUGGGCCUGAUCUCCAUUCUCUGCUUUGCUGCAUCUACCUUCCCCCAGUUCAUCAAAGCCUACAAGACGGGCAACAUGGACCAGGCGCUGUCCCUGUGGUUCCUCCUGGGCUGGAUUGGCGGAGACUCCUGCAACCUCAUCGGCUCCUUCCUUGCUGACCAGCUGCCCCUGCAGACCUACACGGCUGUGUAUUACGUCUUGGCAGACCUGGUGAUGCUGACGCUGUACUUUUACUACAAGUUCAGGAAACGCCCCUCUCUGUUGUCUGCCCCCAUCAACUCCGUGUUGUUGUUCCUCAUGGGGAUGGCGUGCACGACACCGCUGCUGAGCGCUGCUGGGCCCGUGGCUGCCCCAAGGGAAGCCUUCCGGGGGCGGGCCCUCCUGUCCGUGGAGCCAGGCAGCAAGCCCUUCACCCAGCAGGAAAUCAUUGGUUUCGUCAUCGGCUCCAUCUCCAGCGUGUUGUACCUGCUCUCCCGGCUGCCUCAGAUCCGUACCAACUUCCUCCGGAAGUCCACCCAGGGGAUCUCCUACUCACUGUUCGCGCUGGUGAUGCUGGGGAACACGCUGUAUGGGCUGAGCGUGCUGCUCAAAAAUCCCGAGGAGGGCCAGAGCGAGGGCAGCUACCUGCUGCACCACCUGCCCUGGCUUGUGGGCAGCCUGGGCGUGCUGCUGCUGGACACCAUUAUCUCCAUCCAGUUCCUGGUGUACAGGCGCAGCACCGCCACCUCGGAGCUUGAGCCCCUCCUCCUCCCCAGCUGACCAGAGCCAGACUGAGCGCAGGAGGACGGGCACCACCGGAUGCCACACCAGGCAGGGGGAGGUGUGGACAGUGAUGGUACCGCGGCCCUGCAUCAGCCUGUGGGUGGCCUCUGGAUCCUCCAUGGACCGAACCAUCCCCCCCGGAACACACCUUCAGGUUCCAGGGAUCCUCCUGCUCAGCCUUCCGAGGAGCUGGGACUACAGAUGCACUGCCACGCCUGGCACCAGACUCUGUUCUGAAUCCACUUUCCUGGGGGUCAUGACCCUCAGGUGCCUGGAGCACAGAGACGCCAGCUCCCCACCUUGCUGGCCUGAUCUCACCCCACACACCCAACCCCAGCUGUGGAAAACCAGAACCAGGGACCUGGGGCAUCUGGUGGGGUAGUCUUGGGGAGAGACACUGCGCCCCAGAGUGAGCCUUGCCUUUAGAAUCUUCCCUUCCCAGCCCCGGAGAAGGGAAACGGCGCCAUGGCCGUCCUGGUGCUGCGGAUCCUUGGUGAGCGCAGCCCUCCACUCGGCCUUUGCUGUGUCAGACACCGGGGCUGUGGUGAACCAGCUCCAAGGCCCUGCCUUCCAGGAGAGGAGAUGGUUACCAUGACCAGAAGGUAGAAAGGUCAGGAAAUGAGCAGAUGAGACCAGCCCCAGGAGGGUCAAUCAGGGAAGACUUCUCAGAGGAGUGGCCUUUGAGCUGGAUCUUGAAGGCAGAGGGGAGGGCAAUUCAGGAAAAGGGAGAGGCAGGUACAGAGGCCUGGAGGUGGGUGUCUCGGCUGCUUACAAGGAGCCUUGAAAGCCACACCAGUGCCAAGGACAAGGUCCUGGGGCACACCCAGCAGCAGCCCAGCAGCAGGUGAUGGGGUUUGGUCGGGGAAAGAGCCUUUUGCUAGAGAGAAGAGGCAAGGCACACCUCUGAGACCCAGGUGGGCAGAGAGGGCCAGUCUCCCUUGCCCCGUCCUAGGGGACACCCAGGGAGCCCAGGAUGCCAUCUGGCAUGCGGCUGUUAGUUUCACACUUGCUAUGUGUGGGCUGCGCCGCCUGCCAUCAGUGCACGAGAUCUCCCCAUCUUCACAGCCAGCUCUGAGAUGGGGGAGUUUUUAUUUUUUUUUUUUUUGACAGAGUCUUGUUCUGUCGCCCAGGCUUGAGUGCAAUGGCGUGAUCUCAGCUCACUGCAACCUCCGCCUCCCGGGUUCAAGUGAUUCUCCUGCCUCAACCUCCCGAGUAGCUGGGAUUACAGGUGCCUGCCGCCACACUCAGCUAGUUUUUGUAUUUUUAGUAGAGACAGGGUUUCACCAUGUUGGCCAGGCUGGUCUCGAACUCCUGACCUCAGGUGAUCUGCUUGCCUCAGCCUCCCAAAGUGCUGGGAUUACAGGUGUGCCACCGUGCCUGGCCAAGAUGGGAGUAUUCUUAUGGCCAUUUUACAGAUGGGAAAACAGGCUCAGUGCAAUUGAGCAACUUGCCCAGCUAGGAGCAGCAGCAACACGAGGCCCUCCAGCUCCAGGAGCCACCCCAUACCUGGCCAACAUUGGUGACCCGUGUCCCCUUCCUCCAUCCUUGCUGGGGGCCCAUGGCUCGUGGCAGUUCAGCCUCACCCUCAGGAGUGGCCCGAACCCUGCUGGACCCAGGCUCCCUUCUCACCAUCCUGAAUAGCGACUUUCCUGAGCCUCUGGCCCUGCCGAGAUUUCAGGUUAAGUUACCCCCCGUCCCCAAGCCCCAGCUUGCCCCGGCCUGUGCCUGCCUCAGGUGCCAGCCAGAUAUCUCGCUCCACCUGGGUCUGUUACCUGGCUCCACACCAGUUACCUGGGACCAGUAGGUGCCCUUCCAGCCUGAAGAUCUGGGGGCACAGUAUGGCCACAUGAGCCCCAAGUGUAGUCCUGAACUGGGGCCGGGUGAGGAAGAGUGAGAUGGGAUAACAUAGCCCCUGCCUGGCGGCCCUUCUCUGAUGGGGUGACAUAAUCCCUUCCUCCUGGGAAACACCAGCUUUUGGGCUGAUAGCACUUUCAGGCAGGAGCUAUGGUUCCUUCCUCAGGAGGCCUCCAAUCUGAUGGGGAAGACAAGGCCCCUCCCCCUGGGGAGUGCCCUGUAUGAUGGAGGCGAUACAGCCCCUACCCUCAGAGCACCUGGCUUGCAGCUCAUCCAAACCUGUCUCCUCUCCCUUGGAGGCCUCAUUCCAGCACCCCAAGUAGGAUUCAAACUGUUGGGGCUGAAAGAACUUGGUGGCCUGGGUCCCUGGAGCACUGUUGUAGGAGCUGGUGACAUUCAGAUGCUGGAGGCAGGUGGCGGGGAGCACAGACUUUGUGUCCUGCACACUGAGCUCCAAGUGUGCCCCAGCCACUGUGAGCCUUGUGACUUGAGCAGACAUCUGAAGCCGUUUCUUCAUCCCAUGAGACCAAUAACACCAUCUGCCUCAGAACAUAGCCGCGAUCAAGAUGAGCACGGAGGCUUGUGUCCCGGCACCUGGCACACAGAUUGUACAGCUGAUGAAAGUGACAGCUCAAGGAGCAGCUGGUGGGUUUCCUGAAGGGAAGUCCCCUCAGAGGAGAGCAGGCCUGAGCUUCCAGGGGUGACUCUCAGGGCGGCGGGGCUGGGGACCGGACACUUCCUUGCUGCCGUGAGCGGGGCCCACGCACGUCCCCGCUUGGAGCCAGCGCACGGCCACGGCCACACGCGCUUGGAAAGUGAGGCCGACGAGAAGGAACACAGAAGGCCAGUGCUAACUGCGUCCCAGUUUUUUUAUUGAUUUUUUUCUUUUCUUUUUUUAAGUAUGGAGGCUCAAGUAUAAGAUGAUUUUUUCUUAAGCUUUACAAAAAAAAAACAAAAUAAAACAAAAACCUCCUUUUGCA